AUGACAGAGCCAACAGAUGCGCGCAGUUCUUCUGCCGCUGCUGGCAGCGGAAUGGUAAAACCUUCCCCAAUUCACGAGAAAUUUCUUUUUGAAUGCGAUCAUUUGGUCAGCUUUUGUCAGUCAUUCGAGAAAACUGAUAUAACUGACCAAACAGACUCCCUUCUCGAAGUAAAAUUAGACGAUUUGGAGAAUAGAUGGAAAAAACUGCAAGUGGCCUACGAAACACUGAUUCUGUCUCCCGAAUCAUCUAAUACGAAGGAUUUUAAGGCGAAUGCCAAGAUCAAUUUUAACGUUUGUUCUGAGGCGUAUUACGAAACUCGGUCCCAGAUAAUGGACAUUCUCAGAAUAUCUGAGGGAUCUAACCCUCGACAUAGCGCAAGAUAUAGCCUUCCGGCUCAAAAUCCGGUCAAUACCCAGAUUUCAGAUAACUCGAAUAUUUACAUAAAAGUACCUCCAUGCGAUACCGAGGUAUUCAAGGGAAGCUAUGAAGAAUGGCCAUCCUUCCGUGAUAUGUUCACGGCCGUUUAUGUGAGUCACCCCAAACUCACCCUAGCUCAGAAGCUCUACCAUUUGAGAAACAAAACAAAGGGUUGUGCAGGAGCUAUUGUAAAAAGGUACUCAUUGUGUGACGAGAACUUCAAUCUCGCUUGGAAUGCCCUAAAGUCACGUUAUGAAAACAAAAGAGUACUAGUAGACAACCAACUUAAAAUACUUUUUAGUAUUCCUGUUGCACGUACAGAGAAUAGCGAGUCCCUACAAGAAGUUCACUCUACAGUAAAUGAUUGUCUCUGUACUUUAAGGUCGUUAGAUGUUAAAGUUGAUAGCUGGGAUCCCCUUUUGAUAUACCUAAUAUCUACCAAGCUACCAGAGGAAACAAUCUCCCAAUGGGAACAGUCCCUAAAAUCCCACCGUGAACUCCCAAGUUGGUCCCAAAUGGAUGAGUUUCUAAUAAAUCGUUUUGAAGUGGUCGAGAGAAUAUCGAGCUUCAAGUCGGCAAAAGAACGCCAUAGCUUCCCAGAAUGGAAAUCAUCCCAUGAGCCGAAAGAAAUUCAGACUUAUGCAUCUCAAGAAAAACUCAAUUCUUUUUGCCUGUUGUGCAAGAAGGAUCAUAGCAUUCGAAUCUGUCCCAAGUUCCGCGAAUUCUCAGCCCAGGAACGAAUAGAUUUUGUGUUUAAAAACAAAAUCUGCAACAAUUGUCUCUCUAAUAAUCACAUGAAGAAUAAAUGUAAGAGUAAGAAUACUUGCCUUUCAUGUAGAAAGUCUCAUCAUACCCUACUUCAUUUAGAUCAAACGACCAAUCCUAAGCCCGAAGGAAAAUUUUCCAACACGAGAACUUUUGGUGAGAUCAGAAAUACAUCUGAAAGUAUCCCAAAAUUUACAACUGAUAAUUCAGCGCCUUCAACUUCGCCUAAGAACUUUUCACAAACCCAGGCUAAUUUUUCUCACAACAAUGAGACAAUUCUUCUUCGUACCGCGUUGGUACAGAUUGAGAAUCAGGGCGAAUUGUUUACAGUCAGAGCUCUGAUUGACUCUGGUUCUCAAAGAACUUUCCUUUCCGAGAAAAUCAGAAACCUUUUACGUAUCCCUUAUCGCAGAUCUCUUUUCGAAAUUGGCGGUAUUGGUGCCUCUACUCAGAGGGCGGACAAAGAGUGCGAUAUUGUCAUUUAUUCAAAAAGGCAUAAUAUAAGGUGCAAUUUGACCGCUAUUGUUUUGCCCAAAGUCACAAAGAAGCUACCAUCUGUGUCGUUUGAGUUCCCUCUCACCCCAGAACUUCAAGAACUUGAACUAGCGGAUCCGAACUUUAAUAAGUCCUCAAAUAUUGAUCUCAUUCUUGGUAAUGACUGCGAGCGUUUCAUCAAUCUAGAUGGAAUCAAGAAGAAUAUUUGUGGAAUAGCUUCUGCGUAUAACACUAUUUUCGGAUGGGUCCUAAGUGGUCCUGUGACCGUAGAAACUAUUAGCUCAUUCACUACUAAGGUAGUCCCCCGCGAAAGAGAUGAUCUUAGUGAGAUCCUCAAGAAAUUUUGGGAAUUGGAGGAAGUUCCUUCUAGUGUCCGGGUACCACCAUCAGCCAGAUAUUGUGAGGAAUUUUACUCAAAAACAACAACUCGCGAUGCAGAUGGGCGAUAUGUUGUAAGGCUCCCCUUUAAGGAAGAAUUUCCACAAGACAUAAGCCUUGGCUCCUCAAGAUUCCUUGCGCUUGGCCAAUAUACUAGAAUGGAUCGAAGUCUGUCUAAAGAUCCCGAGUUACAGGAACAGUAUAAUACGGUUCUUAACGAAUAUGUCUCUAUGAAUCAUAUGGAAGAAACUGCUUCCGAAGAGAUUUACUCUGAAGGUAAAUAUUACUCAUUUUACCUCCCUCACCAUGCAGUAGUGCGCCCUGACCACAAGACGACAAAGGUUAGGGUCGUAUUCAAUGCAUCCCGCAAAACUAACUCUGGGUUUUCGCUUAAUGAUGUCCUCCACUCUGGACCCACUCUACAAACAGAUCUAAUAGCAACCGUUCUCAAUUGGAGAAGAUACAGAUUCGUUUAUAGUGGAGAUAUACAAAAAAUGUAUCGACAAAUAAAGGUACAUCCCGAUGAUAGACCCUACCAGAGAAUUCUCUUUCAGAUUGACCCUACAGGCCCAAUAAAAGACUACCAAUUAAACACAGUAACUUUUGGCAUAAAUUGUGCCCCCUUUCUGGCAAUUCGCACCUUGCUGCAACUCGCCGCAGACUCCGAAAAGGAGUUCCCUCAAGUCGCUAACAUUUUACGCAAUGAAACGUAUGUUGACGACAUUCUUUUUGGUGGUUUUUCAAUCGAAGAAGCUGUCGACUCAAGAAGAAAACUAAUUUCAGUUCUAAAAUCGGCUGGAUUUCCACUAAAGAAAAUCACAGCGAACGAUCCCAAGCUACUCGAAGGACUCCCUCGUGAUGACCUAUAUGAUCUAGACUUGCUUAAGCUCUGCGAAUCUAGUUCUACAAAAACUUUAGGUAUCAAAUGGAAUGCUUUAACUGAUAAAUUUUCCUAUUCCACUACUCAGACUGAAGUUCACGUGCAAAUAUCGAAACGCCAAGUGCUGUCUUGUAUUGCGAGGUUGUUCGAUCCCGCCGGUUGGAUCACCCCAAUUAUUAUCAGAGCAAAAAUGCUUAUGCAGCAGCUUUGGCUAGAGAAUUCAGGCUGGGAUGACCAAAUAUCCCCUGAGUCUCUUCAUACUUGGAAUAAUUUACAAUCUGAUUUAAUAGGCCUUAAUGCAGUGGAGAUACCACGAUGGAUUCAAUACGCUCCCAAUGACACACUCGAGAUUCAUGGCUUUUGUGACGCCUCUAAAGGUGCGUAUUGUGCAUGUGUUUAUCUUCGGUGUCAGACAAACACAUUUACUGUUUUUUCGAACUUAUUCGUUGCCAAGAGUAAAGUAGCCCCACUCAAACAUGUUUCCUUGCCCAGACUAGAACUUAACGGAGCUCUUCUGCUGGCAUUGCUAAUAAAGUUCGUAUUGAACAUUGUUAAAAGGGACAUUGCCUCCGUUACACUUUGGACAGAUGCAGCAAUUGUUCUCGGGUGGUUGUCCAAACCUCCAUGGUCAUGGGAGCCCUAUGUUGCAAAUCGCACCUCCCAGAUCCAUGAACUCACCCAUGGCGCGAAGUGGAGGUAUGUGUCAACUCAUGACAAUCCAGCCGAUCUUGGUACUCGAGGUUGCAAGCCCUCCGAUCUCAUGGGCAACAAUCUCUGGUGGAAGGGUCCAUCAUGGUUGACUAAUCCCGAAUCAACUUGGCCUAGCAGAAACCCGAUAAUUCCCGACUUGUCGAAACAAGUCAUUAAGGUCCAUGUUACGUCAACUGAAGAAAACGACAUCCUCUCCAGGUUUUCUUCGUAUGCGCGAGCAUUAAGGGUUAUUUCCUAUAUUUUUCGAUUUUUCUAUAACACCAGUCCCAACUUAAGAAACUCUCACACGUUUAGUAAAAUCGAACUUUCCCAAAGCGAAAUAGAAAUGACCAAAAGACGUUUAAUCUUUCUCACUCAGAAACAGGCAUACCCCAGUGAGUUUGAUGCUCUUUUGAACUCACAACCUAUAUCUAGUAAGAGCACAUUGUUUUCUUUAAACCCAUUUUUGGACACAGACAAAAUAUUGCGAGUGAACGGUCGUCUUACUUAUUCCUUUUUGCCAUAUAAAGAAAGAUAUCCAAUCAUACUGCCUGGAAACUCCGAUUUUAGCCGUCUAUAUUUAUCUCAUUUGCAUAUCUUCCUAGCACAUGCUGAAUGUAACCAAAUGUGCAGGUUUGUACAAACCGAAUAUUAUAUUUCACGUUUAAAACCUAGGAUCAAAGGUAUUAUACACAAAUGCAAAACCUGCACUAUUUACAGGCACAGGCCAAGCUCCCAAAUAAUGUCACCCUUACCCCCAGAUCGUUGCACACUAUCGCCACCGUUUCAUGUCAUCGGGACUGAUUUUGCCGGCCCUUUCGAACUCAAGAGUUCCACCCUAAGGAGAGCACCCAUCAUAAAAGGCUAUGUAUGUGUGUUUGUAUGUUUCAGCACAAAGGCCAUUCACCUCGAAGCCUGCUCUGAUUUAUCGGCUGCAGCCUUUGAAGCUGCAUUUGCCAGAUUUGUAGGGAGGCGAGGGCUCCCAUGUAGAGUAUAUUCAGAUAAUGGUCGCAACUUCGUUGGGGCUAGUAGAGCUUUGCUAAGAGAGUUCUCACACUUUCUCAAUUCGGCUUCCAGUAAUAUAUCCCAAAAGUAUGCAAUCCAUGGGUUUGAGUGGAAGUUUAUCCCACCUCAUGCUCCUCAUAUGGGUGGCCUUUGGGAGGCAGCCGUCAAGAGUUUUAAGACCCAUUUUAGGAAAUUAGCAGGCGCCCAUAGAUUCACCUUCGAGCAAUUUACAACCCUUCUUGCUCGAAUCGAAGGAGUUUUAAACUCUCGCCCCAUCUCCGCAAUAACAGAGGACCCAUCGGAUCUUACUGCCCUGACACCGGGUCACUUUCUUAAAGGCGCUCCUUUACUCGCAUUUCCAGAGCCCACUUCUCCCAAAUUAUCUCUGGUGAAUAAAUGGUUGAAAUUAAAGGCUCUUCACCAUCAAUUUGCUCUUAGAUGGAAAGAAGAUUAUUUGAAGACAAUGCACAAGCGCUAUAAAUGGCAAAGACAAAGCCCAAAUUUGAAUAUUAACGAUUUAGUUGUUGUAAUCGACGAUUUGCUUCCACCUCAUGAAUGGCGUUUAGGAAGAAUUGUAAAAACGUAUCCUGGACCUGAUGCGAAUGUCCGUAUAGCCGAUGUGCGUACAGAGGCUGGAAUUAUUAAUAGACCCAUAUCCAAAUUGUGCUACUUACCCCUUUCGGAUACCUCCAACGAACCCCAAUAA